AUAUUAGAAGAAGUUGAUAGCGUUAAAGCUUCAGUUUUUGGGAUGGAUUUUGAGAACCCCUCGGAGCCAAAGCUAUUAAUAUCCUCUCUUUGUCCCCGUGGCGAAAUGCUCCUGGACUUUCCCCAAAAGAGACGUUGAGGAUUGAUUGAGCGACCAUGACAGAUCCCACUCUAGUACGCCCUUCCGAUAAUGAAGAAGAGGACGUCCACGGUCAUCAGGACCAUGAGCAUACGAAAAAGAAAAAGGCUCUGACGGAUGAUUGGCGAUCCUGGCUGAUCCUCAAUGUAGCGCGUGGUUGCGAUCGACACGAGUUGUUUGAUCGAUGCGUGGUGGAGCAUGGUUUCGACGAAGCGGAUGUCUUGGAGGCCAUGGAUCGAUAUGAUCAAGAAGAUCAAAAGAAGGAGCAAGUAGAAGAAAAGAAAGUCAACGGAGAAGAAGAUGAAAAUGAGAAGAAAAUACAAACACGAAAUAAUAUUGAUACGACUUCGACAACCCACAACAAAGCAGUCAACAAUGGCUGGAAAGAAUGGAUUCGAGUGCGAUUGGAUCAAGGCAAUACAAAAGAGCAGGUUUUCUUAUUGUGUGUAAAGGAAGGAUUGAAUUUGGAUCAAGUCUCGCAAGUACUGGGUGGCUAUCGUGCCCGCACUCAUGAGGACGCCUUUUUGGUCUGCCCAAAACCAGCCUUUGCCAAAAGAACCUUUACUCCUCGCGCUUGGCGCAUCGAUUCGGAUCUGGUAGACCUCUACGAAAUUCCCCACUUUUUAACCAAGGAAGAAUGUCAAGAUGUCAUUCAUGCCAUUAACACGGGCAUGUUGGAGCGGUCCAUUGUCACGGAUGGAAAUGCGGCAGCCAGAACCAGUCAAACGUGUCAUUUGCGACGGACCAAUGAUACAAGAAGUGGCAUUAUCCGUCGCGUCGAAGACAAGUUGCAAAAAUUAAUGGGAGAAGAUUGUCGUCCCGUGUCGCAUGCCGAAACAUUGCAGGGACAGUGUUACAGCGCCGGAGAAUAUUUCAGUGCCCACACGGAUUGGUUCGAACCGGAUUCGGAAGAAUACAACAAACAUUGCCAACGAGGGGGGCAGCGAACGUGGACCGUCAUGGUGUACCUGAACAAUGUAACAGAGGGUGGAGAAACCAAAUUUGUGCAUUUGGAACGAGACUUUAUGCCGAGACAAGGAUGGGCACUGGCAUGGAACAAUCUGGACGCGGACCACGAAACGCCCAAUCCAUGGACGUUGCAUGAAGCCAUGCCUGUCAUGGAGGGCAAAAAGUAUGUAUUGACCAAGUGGUUUCGAGAAAAGAGCAUGACGUGAAAUUACCAUCGUGUGAUUAGUCUAGCAGUCCAUGCACCGCAUCAAUCAUGAAACCAAGGAUGAAUUCGACAACUAUCGCAGUUGUUGCCAGUCGGAUACUAGUUAUCUACUCCACUAGCUAGCUAUAGUCUACCUUGAGCAAUGUUCACAAUCAAUAGAGGACUAUUACCCAAUUUUACA